AACAGUUGCAGACUGCAUUCUUCUCCUGACCCUGACACACUCUACUGAGCUCCCAAACAACUGAGAAGAGAACAAUCCCAAAGAUCUUCCAAAAAUGGCAAAGGUUUUUAAGAAGACCAAUGGAAACGGAGGGCUGACCCUCUACCUUGGAAAAAGAGACUAUGUUGACAACCUGUCUGCUGUGGACAAAGUUGAUGGUGUUGUAAAGCUGGACUCAACAAAUUUUGGAGACAGAAAAGUGUUUGUGCAGCUGGCAUGUGCCUUCCGUUAUGGUAGUGAGGACCUGGAUGUGAUAGGCCUGUGCUUCAGAAAGGACAUCUGGAUCCAGCAUGUACAGCUUUACCCUGAGGCCCAAAAGCCUCCCCUAAGCGCCAUGCAUGAGACCCUGCUGAAGAAGGCUGGAGAGGGCGCAAUUCCUUUCAGUUUUGAAAUUCCCAAGAACCUGCCAUGCUCAGUCUCUCUGCAGCCUGGACCUGAUGACAAGGGGAAGGCUUGUGGUGUCGACUUUGAGGUCAAAACUUACCUUGCCAAGGACAAGUGCAACCCUGAUGAGAAGAUUGAAAAGAAGGACACUGCUCGCCUUAUCAUUCGUAAAAUCCAGUACGCCCCAUCUCAGGUGGGUGCUGGGCCCAAGGCAGAACUCUGCAAAAGCUUCAUGAUGUCUGACAAGCCUGUUCAUGUAGAAGCUUCACUGGACAAAGAUCUCUACUUCCACGGCGAAGCAAUCCCAAUCAAAAUCAAAGUCAACAAUGAGAGCAACAAAACAGUGACAAAAAUCAAAAUUACUGUGGACCAAACCACAGACAUCAUUCUCUAUUCAGCUGAUAAAUACACCAAGACUGUUCUUAACCAAGAGUUUGCAGAGACAGUGGAGGCCAAUGACACCUAUGAGAACACUUUAUGCGUCACACCCCUGCUGGCUGAAAACAAAGAGAAAAGGGGGCUGGCACUGGAUGGACGACUGAAGGAGGAGGACACCAACUUGGCCUCCACCACUAUGCUGCGACAGGGUGUAGAGAGAGAGGUGUUGGGAAUUCUGGUUUCCUACAAGAUGAAAAUUAACCUUAUGGUGGCCGGGGGAGGCCUGCUGGGCGGCCUCACUGCCAGUGAUGUCACAGUGGAACUGCCAUUGAUGCUCAUGCACCCCAAACCUGAAGAGGAUGUUACCCUGUAGGUUGAGAAAAAACCUACAGAAAGACAAAGGAUCACAAGAGGAGGUGACACAGAAAGAGGAAGUAUGUGACUGGAGUCAUGAAACCUUUUCAUCAAGCCAAGUGUAUACAUGUAACAUUAGCCCCCUGAGAGAUUUUGUGCUUCUUUUUGUUGUUUAAUUGAUGUCAUUUAAAGGGAGUAUUAAUUAGCAUAUAAAUAGAAUCCAACAAGAACAAGCAGUGGAGGAUAGGAAAUCACUGUGAAGCCCAUAAAAACAGAUUUUAUGUCAAAUCUGACAACUCAAAAUGCAAUAAAAUGAUUA